CAUUCUGCACCAGACACGAUCAUACACGAGAUAAAGUCGUCACGGAACAUAUGCAGUAAGACGCAAGCUGCAACUAGCGCAAGACGCAUCUACGAGCACGUCCUUCGUCAUCGAUGAUAAAAUUCGCAAUUAUGUAUUCCGAUAUUCUUACUUAUGUGAGUUGCAUAACUCAGUCGAUAGUACGGAGUCAAUAUUAAUGAGAUAUUACGAAGUCAACGUGCAAAGCUUUCUAAAAAUAGUUCUUGUAAAUUUGACCGUAUCGGAAAAUUACGUACAGUCGGUAUCAGAGUUAGACUGAAACCGAAGAAAUUUUAGAGAAGAAGUGGCACUACAGAACUCGAAGACUUAUUCAGUGACCGUCGCGGAACGAGUGCUUCAGCAUGUCAAAAAUCAAGGAUCUCAGCAAGUUUUCAGCGGAAGAACUGGAGGAGUUUUUAAUGUCUUUUGACAUAGUGUUUUCCGACAUUGAUGGAGUAAUUUUUUAUCAGGGCGUUCCCAUCAUAGGUGCUCGUGAUUCUUUAAAAAGACUAGAAGAGUUAGGAAAACAAAUAUAUCUAGUGACGAAUAAUUCUACGUAUACAGAGGAAGAUUAUCAUGAGAUGUUCGAUAUACAUUCGAACUACAUAAUUAACCCCAUAAAAGUAUUUACUUGGUACUUGAAGAAGAUUGAUUUUCAUGGUGAGAUACUCGCCUUAGUGUCUACUACGGUUUGGAACACUUUGACAGAGGCAGGAUUGCAAUUGGUGAAACCACAAACUGUUUCACUUUUAAAAAGAGAAGAGGUCAUAAAAGAGAUUGUAGAUCGACCAUCUAUUAAAGCCGUAAUUAUUGAUUUCGAUAUUGAUUGUAAUUGGGUAAAAUUAGCUCUAGCUAUAUCGUGCCUUGGACGCAAGGAUGUAUUAUAUCUAUCGGGAGCGACGGACGAAUGGGCAAUCGUAAAUGUACAAAAUACUGUAAUUAAAAUUUUAGGCCCCGGACCAUUGAUAAAUCUUAUCAAUACACAAACUGGAAGGGAACCGCUUAUGUGUAGUAAACCCAGUGAAAUACUGAAGGAGUAUGUAUUGGAUACGUGCGACGUGACCGAUCCCCGAAGAUGUUUGUUCAUCGGUGACUCUCUGUAUACCGAUAUGAAGUUUGCCUUUAUGUGUGGAUUUAUGAAACUUCUUGUCGGUACGGGAUUGAACAGUUUGAAAGAAGCACAGGAAGAAGACGACGCUUGCCCUGAUUACUAUCUUUCCAAUUUGAAUCAGCUAUUUGCCGCCUAUAAGGAUUGAACAACAGUCAGUCAGUGUAUUGUCUGUCAUAAAGAUAACUAAUCAACAGUUUAUUCUGUGACAAAUUAUAAUUAAUCAUAAUUAAUAAAUAAUUAAUCGUUUACAAUAUCGCUCAGCUUGGUGGCGGCUCGUUUAUAAAGAAAUAUAAUAAUGUCUAUGUGUUAUAUUAUAAAUAUUAUAAUAUUUAUUAAUAUUUUGGGCUGAUCGGAAAGUUUAUGCAGAUUUUUUCCGGAAAAUUUAAACGCAGAACUUUGUACUGAGAAUUAAUGCAAUGUUUUAUAUUUGAAUUUUGUUUAAAAAAUGCACAUGAACUUAUAUUAAUAUUGGGUUAAUUGGAAAAUCCAUGAGCAUUGUUUUGAUACUUGAUAUCGUAUUAAAAUCGUAAAAAAUUGUCUGAAUAAUAAAUUUAAAUUUUAUGCGAGUUUCAUAUAUCGAUAACUUUGUAGAGAUAAUUCGGUAUUAUAUAAUAGCAAUACAAUACACAAUUUUAUGAAAAA